AACACAUGGAGAUGGAGAUAUGGCUGUCCUGCUGCCUUCUCUUUCUGUCACUUCCCCUUCUCUUCUCAGUCUUCCUCAAAAGAAAAGACAAUCUUCCACCCGGACCAAGAGGCUGGCCUAUCGUCGGCAACCUCUUCCAGCUGGGCUCCAAACCUCAUGCCGCCCUCGCGAGCCUAGCCCGCACCUACGGCCCUCUCUUCUCCCUCAGGUUAGGCACCCAGCGCAUCAUCAUCGCCUCCUCAGCCUCGGCUGCUGCCCUUGUCCUCAAGACCCACGACCUCAUCAUCUCUUCUCGCUCCGCUCCUCAGAUGUGCCGAUUCGAUGAGUACCUCCCCUACUCCAUGAUUUGGUCCGACUGCAAUGACUCGUGGAAGCAGUUCAGAGCCACAUGCCGGAGCCUGCUGUUCUCCAACAAGAUGAUCAACGGGGGCGCCAGUCUCCGGCAGCAAAAGGUGGCGGAUAUGGUCGGACGCCUCCGCUCUGAUGAGGGCAAGGAGGUCUGCAUCUCGGAGCUUGUGUUUGGGACCAUCUUCGGUAUGAUGGCUGCCAGCAUAUUUUCGAAUGAUGCAGAAGGCGCGACCGGCAACACGGACAAGAUGAAGCGGGUGAUACGGAGUGUGCUUGAGUUGAUUUUUGAACCGGACGUUUCCGACUACUUUCCGGCGAUCGGCCGGCUUGAUGUUCGAGGGCUGCGCCGGAAGGCGAGGGGGUAUUGCAUGGAGAUUUAUGAUGUCUGGGAAGGAAUUAUCGUGAAGAGAAGAAAGGAGAGGAUGGAUGGUGGAGCGAAGGUUCACCAGGAUUUUCUUGAUGUGUUGCUUUCGAGGGAGCUCAGUGACCUCCAAAUCAAAGCACAUCUUUUAGAACUAUUCAUUGGUGGUAUUGACGCUACAACCGCUACCAUAGAGUGGGCUAUAGCGGAGUUCAUGAAACAACCAAAAAUUAUGGCCAAGCUACGUGAGGAACUGUUUGAUGCCUUGAGCAGCCGAGGCACAGAGGACCCAGACCUGGAGCAGAAGCUGAAAGAACUGCCUUACUUCCAAGCUUGUAUAAAGGAGACAAUGAGAUUGCACCCGGCAGUAUCGCUCAUCCCCCACUGUGCCACCGAGACAUGUGAAGGUCUCGGUUACACAAUCCCGAAGGGAUGCCCAGUCUGGGUGAAUGUGUGGGCAAUAGGAAGGGACCCAGCAUCCUGGGUUGAGCCCUUAACCUUCCUGCCUGAGCGCUUCAUUGAGUUCCCGAAUUUGGAUUUCAAGGGGGCUGAUCACCAACUGAUUCCUUUCGGCUCGGGACGGCGCAUAUGUCCGGGGUUGCCGCUUGCAGCCCGGUUUAUUGAGUUGACAUUGGCAAACUUGGUAUACAACUUUGAGUGGUCGCUACGUGAGGGCAUGGACCUUAGCCAGCUUAGCAUGGAAGAAAAGUUUGGCGUUACGAUCCCCAUGAAGCAGCCCCUGCAAAUUAUACCCAAGUUUACUAGACACAUUAGCUCCUAGUUAGCAGCUGUAACUGCUUUGGCAUAAAAUUAAAUAAAUUUCAAA